UGACGUAGUACACAACAACUGGCAGCUAGACUGCAACCGACGGUAAAACACGGUAAAUUUCGUCCGUUCUUUAUUUCAGGUGUAAGCAUCUGCAGCUAUGAACUGGAACAAAGGAGGACCGAGUGGUAAAAGAGGCUUUGGUUUCGGAGGCUUUUCUCUGUCUGGGGGUAAGAAAGAGGAGCCUCGGGUGAGCCAGCAGUCCCACAGCGCGUUUGGAAGCUCGGGGUCUGCAGGAGGUUACGGCAAAAACCAGCAGCUGCCCGCCUUCUACAAGAUCGGAACCAAACGGGCCAAUUUUGACGAAGAAAACGCCUAUUUCGAGGAUGAUGAGGAGGAAUCGAGUGCCGCGGAUCUGCCUUAUAUCCCAGCGGAGAACUCUCCUACCAGGCAGCAGAUGCAGUCUGGAGGAGGAGGAGGAGGUGGAAGUGGAGGAGGUGGAGGAAGUGGGGGAGGUGGAGGUGGAGGAUCAGACAGCGAAGACGAUCCCCUCGAUGCCUUCAUGGCUGAGGUGGAGAACCAAGCAGCCAAGGACAUGAGGAAACUGGAGGACAAGGAAAAAGAGAAAAAGCUGACCAAGGGUAUUCGAGAUGACAUUGAAGAGGAAGAUGAGCAAGAGGCUUAUUUCCGCUACAUGGCGGAGAACCCGACAGCCGGCCUGAUCCAGGAGGAAGAGGAAGAGACCGUGGACUAUGACAGCGACGGGAACCCCAUCGCUCCUACCACUAAAAAGAUCAUCAUGCCACUUCCUCCUAUUGACCACUCCGAGAUCGACUACCCUCCUUUUGAGAAGAACUUCUACAACGAGCACGAAGAGCUCAACAGUUUGACUGGAAUACAAGUAGUGGAGCUGAGACACAAACUCAACCUGAGGGUGUCUGGCGCCGCUCCUCCUAAGCCCUGCACCAGUUUCGCUCACUUUGGCUUUGAUGAGCAGCUCAUGAACCAGAUCCGCAAGUCCGAGUACACACAGCCUACGCCCAUCCAGUGCCAGGGUGUCCCUAUAGCCCUGAGCGGCAGAGACCUCAUCGGCAUCGCUAAAACGGGUAGCGGUAAGACGGCCGCCUUCAUCUGGCCAAUGCUGGUGCACAUUAUGGACCAGAAGGAGCUGGAACAGGGAGAGGGGCCGAUUGCUGUGAUUGUCUGUCCUACCAGAGAGCUCUGUCAGCAGAUCCACGCAGAAUGUAAGCGCUUUGGGAAGGUGUACGGCCUGCGCUCGGUGGCUGUGUACGGAGGGGGCAGCAUGUGGGAACAGGCCAAGGCUCUACAGGAAGGGGCCGAGAUCGUCGUUUGCACUCCGGGUCGCCUGAUAGAUCAUGUGAAGAAGAAGGCGACAUCCCUGCAGCGAGUGACCUACCUGGUGUUUGAUGAAGCUGAUCGUAUGUUUGAUAUGGGCUUCGAGUAUCAGGUGAGAUCCAUCGCCAGCCACGUAAGACCAGACAGACAGACCCUGCUGUUCAGUGCAACGUUCAGGAAGAAGAUCGAGAAGUUGGCGAGGGACAUUCUCAUCGACCCGAUCCGAGUAGUGCAGGGAGACAUCGGAGAGGCGAACGAGGACGUGACCCAGCUGGUGGAGGUGUUGCCGAGUGGCUCGGAUAAGUGGAUGUGGCUGACCCGGAGGCUGGUGGAGUUCACCUCAUCUGGCUCUGUGCUCAUUUUCGUGACUAAGAAGGCCAAUUGUGAGGAGCUGGCCACCAACCUGCAGCAAGAGGGCUACAGCCUGGGCUUGCUGCAUGGAGACAUGGACCAGAGCGAGAGGAACAAGGUCAUCAGCGACUUCAAGAAGAAGAGCUUGCCCGUCCUGGUGGCCACUGAUGUCGCAGCUCGUGGAUUGGACAUACCAUCAAUCCGUACUGUCGUAAACUACGACGUUGCCCGGGACAUCGACACACACACGCAUCGCAUCGGGCGGACAGGUCGCGCCGGAGAGAAGGGUGUGGCCUAUACUCUACUGACAAUCAAAGACACCUCAUUCGCCGGUGAUCUUGUUCGUAAUUUAGAGGGAGCCAAUCAGAGUGUCCCGAAGGAACUGAUGGAUUUGGCCAUGCAGAAUCCCUGGUUCAGGAAGUCCCGUUUUAAGGGUGGGAAAGGAAAGAAGCUGAACGUUGGAGGAGGAGGUCUCGGCUACAGAGAGAGACCAGGCCUGGGAUCCGAUUCCUCGGAGCGCAGUAGUGGUUCUGUUCUUGGCAACUACGAGUCCUACAAACCCCCCAGUGGAGCCAUGGGAGAUCGUAUGGCUGCCAUGAAGCAAGCUUUUCAGGCCCAGUACAAGAACCACUUUGUGGCAGCAUCAGGCAUGUCUCCCAAGCUCAGUGCUCAAUCAAACAGCACCUCAGGUUGGACAAGUGCAGGCAGUCUAAAUACUGUGCCCUCUGGAUCCCCUGAAGGAAGCCGUACACAGGCGUCUUCCUCCCCCAUGCCCCCUCCUCCUCCAACAGUCAGUCUGGGCACUAAGCUGGCCGGGUUCAGCAGCUCGGGCUCUCUGAGCUCUGUGUCAGACUCUUACUCCUCCUACUCCUCCUCCUCCUCCUCCUCUUCCUCCUACUCCUCCUCCUCUUCUUCGUCUAGAGAGGAUUCCCGCCACGACAGGAGCCGCCAUGGAGACAGCCACCAUCGCCACAGUGACCGGGAUCGCUACGGGGACAGGGAUCGCUACGGCGAUCGCGACAGGGACCGCGAUCGUCACAGCGACAGCCGCAACGGCGAUGGCGGUCGCCGGGAGAGAGACAGUUGGAAAGGAGAAAGGGAGAGCAGUGGGGAAAGGUCAAGCUCACACAGAGGAGGUGAGGACAGCUUCGCUGUUCCAGAUCCACCAAAACGGAAGAAGAGCAGGUGGGACAGUUAGAGAGAAACCAGCAGGAGACCUCGAACGAGCAGCUCGGAGAUCAGCCAGCCUUCACAGCACAGUCCAUCUGUCUGCUGUUACUCAAAUGUCAGCAUAUAAAGGGCACUGAAGACUUCAAGAGAGUCAAAUCUGUCUGUUCUCUUCAGUCACUUUUUUUCCGUCCUGCGGCUGAUCAUGAUGUUUUAAGCUGUAAAUGAAGAAAGUAUGAAUUCUAGAGAUGUGGAUCAGUCAUGCAGGCCUUUCUCUGUAAUUGUGUGUGUGUGUGUGUGUGUGUGUGUGUGUGUGUGCGCGCAAA